UAACAAUCAAGCAUGGUUAUUAUUUGUCAUAUACCAUUGCCCACCACCGUCGCGUGCUCUAUCCAGUACAACAAGCGGAAUAGGCACAGCAAGCAGGAGUCAGCAGCAGCGAGUUGUUGCUGCGACCAAGAGCCACCACUGCAAAGCGGACGGGGAGAGAGAUAAGGCAAUUGUUCACCAUCGUCUGUGGAGCAAGUGUCUUCGUGGCUGGAUAGCGGUGAGGCGGCACAAGCUGGAGCUGUAACUCCCCGUUGGAACGGGGCUGUUGACCCAAUCCGCACGGUGCGUUGUUAACCUUAGGCAUCUUUGCUGGGGGAAGAUGAACGACAGGCUAGGCGAGCUCACGGGUGGGGGUGGAGGCGGUUCAAGUGUUGCACCCUUUGAGAUCGCAAUCGACAUCAAUGAUAACGGGGAUGGCGGCGGCGGCGGCGGCGGUGGCGGCGGAGGGUUCAUGGAAGGGUUCUUCGACAAGGUUAACGCAGUCAAGAAAGACAUUGACGCCGUCAAGAAGGCGUGCACAGAUCUGGACACGUUGACGCAACAGGCGACUUUAACGUCUAGCGCCACGGUGGAAGCUGAUGCCAAGUCCCAGAUCAACACCACCAUCGCCAACACGAAUAAUCGUGUGGCGCACGCGAAGGGCCUGCUGCAGGCGAUGCGAGAGGAAACGGAGGCCAUGAAGAAGGACCCGUCCAGGGCGAAACCGUCGGAAGUGCGAGUCCGAGAAAACCUGCAGAACACGCUGACGAGAAAGUUCGUCGACCUUGCGAAAGACUACCAAAAUCGGCAGAACAAGUACAAGACGUCGGUGAAGAAGAAGGCGGAGCGACAAAUCCUCGCUGUGAAACCGUCAGCCACCGAAGAGGAACUUACGACCGUCUUCGAGCAGGAGGACGGUGUUCAAAGAGUAAUGGAGGCGGCGAUUUUGCAGCAAGGGGACCCGGUCGAGGUGACACACGUUCUGGAGGAGGUGAAGGACACGUAUCACGACGUGCGGCGAUUGGAGGCCUCCAUCCUGGAACUGCACAAGAUGUUCAUGGACCUUGCGCUACUCGUCGAUCGCCAGGGGGAGAUGUUGGACCAGAUCGAGUACCAGGUGAAAUCUGCAUCGGAUUACGUCAAAGAUGCUAACACGGACAUCGCGCACGCCAUCGACUCCUCGAAGAAGAUUCGAAAACGGCAGUGCUGUAUGAUCAUCAUCGUGCUUAUCAUCAUCGCGAUCAUCGUACUCGCAGUCUUCGUGAUAGGCUUGUAGUCCCCCCGCCGUCGCUCACGACGCACAUACGGUACAUACGCAUAGUAGCUUAAUGUUUUUUCGUCUUGUUUUCUGCCAGAAUCACUUGUUGCAUUCUGGUCGAGAACCCUCUUCGCAAGGCAGGGUGCAGGUAUACAUGCCACCCGUGGCUGAUCCGUGGGGUUUGCUUCUCGUAAAGAGCGCCUCCGUUGCGUGCUCGCGAACGACCGUGCCCCCCCACUCGGAGUGCUCUUUGCGAAGGAAACGGCGUCGCCCCUUAUGUUCUGGGUGCUUUGUUAGCAGCCAUAUCGGGGAACGCAAAGCGGCGAUGGGCCAAAAACCCCUAGUGGUUACCUAAUGUGAGAUUGGGGAUCUAAUAGGUAUCACAGGAAGAUGGGUAAGGUCUUUUGUGAGUCCCGAAGACCACCAACCACCGACGAGCUGCGAAUAUUGUCCUUUUUUCAUACUUGAAGACCCUGAAGUCGAAGCCGAGUACCGCUGGGUUUUUGAGGACCAGACCCUAUUUGUACCGUAGGUUGCGUAAGAUAUCACACCUUUUGACCGAUUUUCAGAGCUCGAUUACUCCACGCCGAAGAUGAUGCCGAAAUUGAAGUAUUCGUUAUCGGAAAGCUCUCGACGAGACGGGUCCAACGCCGCCCUUUUCGACACCGUCACCGCUGUUCCUGCCGAAUAAUCGAGCUUGGAAAAGUAAAAUGUUCCAAGGGGUGUGAUAUCUUAUGCAACGUACGGAAACACUGCUCUGGUCGAUUGGGGGUUGUGCCUGCGUUGUUGGGUCUUGUGUGCAGCCAUGGAGCAAUCCCCCCGUCUCUCCUCCUUUUACUUUUGCCCAUCUUCUUGUCGUCAGCGACGACGACGGCGUAACCAGGGUUUCCAUCGAAGACUUGUGUCAUGGAAGGACUACUUUGAUUCCGGCCACUAUCUCGAUUCACCCGUUGUGAGAUACGGAUAAAGGUCUUCCCUGUUUUCUUCUUACGUUGUGGCGUGCAGCUAUUUGCAAGCACAUGUUUUCGUGUGUUUUCGUGUGCAGUAGCAGCGAAAGGUGUGCAUUCCCAAUUUUUGGGAGUAAGAGCAAGGGUGGUUGUGCGGGUGAUGGACCAAGAAGGAACGACGACGCAAUGUGUUUGUUCCUCCACGUGGACGUUCGUUCUUCGCGGUGAUUGUCUUGUUUCCUGCGUUGGUCUUUUUUCUGCGUCCUCCCCAAUGGAAAACGUGCUUGUAGCCCUCUGAGCGUUGAUAUCAGCGAUGUCUCAUAAUGAUUUUUUUGUUUGUUUUGGAGGUGAGCGGAAUGAGCGUUAUCAUCGGCAGGAAGGCGUUGUGUCAGCCCGACCUCGGUUCACUGGACCGCGCCUUGUCUUUGUGGUGGUGGUCGCGACAUCUUGAGCGAGGGAAGUUGUACAGCGUAUCUCCGACGCUUGUCCGGCUCUCAUCAACUGGGGAGGAGAGUCUCAAUUUUCGGCGUGUUGCGCGACUCCGUUUCGUUUUUUUUUUUUCGUGGCACGCCCGGGCUUUCCUGGCAUGUCACGUCACCAGCAACGUGACGAGCUAGCGUUGUGGCGCAACGUGUCUCGUGUGGAGUAUUUUUUUCGAACCACGCUGUGGGUGUGUUUGUUGGUGUUCGCUUCAGCAUUGUACCAAUUAGCAGGUGUCGCGGACGUGUACACCAGGACGUGUGUGUGGGAGGUGGGCAAACAAACAGUUGUUGUAUGAUGUCAGCUAUGAAUCAAAUGUUGGAAAUCGCGCGUCAAGUCAAGCUGGCUUGGCUGGUGCGCUCAAUUUUCAAAGGAUGGCGCUACUACAGCAGCAUGUUUCUUUUUUUGAGGGGGGAGGGGGCUACCAUGGUGAGACAGGUAUGUGGGCAGGCGGUGUAGGCAGGGUACAUACGAAGGCUGUGUAUCGUUUCCCUUGUGGGAGAGUCAAACCGCCCCCUUCGAUCUCGCGUAUUGUCCGGGUAGCAAGUGAAACGGUAUUUAUUGGUAGAUAACAGAACAGAGGAGAUUAGACUAAACGAAGUGACAAAUGCUCGCGAAUCGAGGCACGCGCCUUUUCCGAGCACCAAUAUUUGCCUUGCCGGUGUACGUUUUGUAUGGGGCGUAGCCCCUUACACGCCACCGCAGCA